ACACACACUUCCUCCACGUUUCCCAGUAGCUCCACCAUUUUAACACCUGACAGAUGAAGGGAGAUGAAGCGGCUUCAUGUUUUGCUGCAGCUCAGAACUUCCAUUCAUCCCGACUUCACUAAGUGUUUUCAUCAGUUGUUGUUGGUGAGUUUAUCAGUGAUAAUAAACCAGAGUGUGUUGCUCUCCGUCAGCUGGAGUGAAAGAAGCUGUGGAGUCGAUACUCACUUUCACCAUCUCUGCCUUCUUUCUUUGUACCGCUGCACAUCUGUAUUCAACAUAUAGAAAAGAACAAAACACCAAAGUAACAUUUCUCUCAGAGGUAGAAACUGAGAAAACCACAACCAGACUCUCACUUGCAGAGAGGAAGAGGAAGGGCUUUACUUCGACUCAGUGAAACAAAAAAAACACACACUCGCUAAAUCAGUAAGUGAAGCAUGGAGGACUCGUCUCCGCGACGUCUGCUCUGGCUGAUCCUGUCGCUGUGCUGCGUGUCCGCCAAAGCUGGUCUGACGGUGAGUCCCAGCAGCUCCCAGUUCUUUCAAGAAGACUCUGUCUCUCUGAGCUGUGAGGAGGACGACAGCUCUGCUGGAUGGAGGCUGAGGAGGAACACCACCAGAGAAACCAGGACUCAGUGUGGAGCUGGUUGGGGAAAAUCAGCUGGUUCUUCCUGUAGCAUCGGCUUCACCUUCCCAGGUGACAGUGGAGUUUACUGGUGUGAGUCCAGAGAGGGAGCAACCAGUAACAGCAUCAGCAUCACUGUCACUGGUGGAGCAGUGAUCCUGCAGAGUCCUGUCCUCCCUGUGAUGGAGGGACAUGAUGUCACUCUGCACUGUAAAACAAAGACCCCUCCCUCCAACCUCCCAGCUGCUUUCUAUAAAGAUGGCUCCCUCAUCACAGAGACUACAGGUCACAUGACCAUCCACCAUGUUGACAAGUCUGAUGAAGGCCUCUACAGCUGUGACAUCAGAGGUCAUGGAGAGUCUCCGCCCAGCUGGAUCACUGUCACAGGAAACCCCCCCACUCCUCCUCCUCCAACUCUCUGUGGUUCUGGUUGCUCCUCCCCCUCCGGUGAAUCUCCUCCACUCACAGUGUUGUGGUCCGUCUGUGGUCUGAUUGUUCUGGUUGUUCUGGUUCUGCUGGUGAGACGACGCUUCCUGAGGAAACCUACAGGUCCAGAGGAAGAGGCAGGACUUGAUGACAUCACAGAUGACAUCACAUCAUCACAUCACCUACAAAACCCGAGCAGACAAAUUGGAGAGACUGAUGCAGCUGCAGUUUACGCAGCGGUGAGAAGAAAAGCAGACGUCAGAGGUACAACAGGCUCCGCCCACAGAGGUCACGAGUGUUUAUCACAUGAUCCAUGUGUGUGUCCACCUGACGCAGGGAUCGUCUACUCUUCACUGAGGUUCUCACCAGUCUGACCACUGACGUCCUGCCGCUGGUUAGCUGCUCACUAACUGGUCUCAAUGUUAUUUAUUUCAUUGUAUGUUGUGUGUGUGUCCAGACUCUCUCUCUCUCUCACACACACACACACACACACAAGCACACACACACACACACACACACACACACACAUACACACCUCCUGUCAGUUUAUGUAUUUCAAUAUCUGCUGCUCAUAGUAAAUUAAUCAAUUACUGCUAUUUAAAUCAGUCAAUAAUAAAUCCAAUCAAUAAUAAACUGAAGAGUAAAAGAUUAAAAAUUAACAUUGUCACUAUUUUCUGACAUUUUAUUUAAAUAUUAAUGAGAAUUGAUCAAUAAAUCAGCUGAUAAACGAACUGAAGUCAUGAUUGGUUGCCACUCAGAUGUGUGUGAUUCACAGCGUCAUAGAAACAGACAGACGGACAUUCAGUUCAGUGGAAAUCCUUUGUUCCCGCUAAUCUAUCUAUCUAUCUAUCUAUCUAUCUAUCUAUCUAUCUAUCUAUCUAUCUAUCUAUCUAUCUAUCUAUCUAUCUAUCCAUCCAUCCAUCCAAUUGCAUGACUGUGUUUUGAUGGUUUUAGCUUCACUUCUGAAGCUGCUACAGCUAGCAGCUGAAUGCUACAGCUAGCAGCUGAACGCUACAGCUAGCAGCUGAACGCUACAGCUAGCAGCUGAACGCUACAGCUAGCAGCUGAACGCUACAGCUAGCAGCUGAAUGCUACAGCUAGCAGCUAGCUACCUCUGCUGGCCAAAACAAGCACAACAGUAGAAGAACACUCGACACUGUGAAAAAC